UCUUGGGGUACCCCAGCAGGUCUUUUGGGGUGUACAGCAGGUCUGCUGAGGGGGUUCAGCUUCUGCGGAGGGGCUUCGGCAGUUCUGUCGCAGUGGGAAGAAGUCGUACCGCCGGCUUUAAACCCGACCUGCGGGAGCCAGGCGACCCGGAGGGAUGGGGCCAGCGCCUGUGGGAGCACAGCUUCACGGAGCUGCCGGCGAUCCGGAGAUGAUGGAGUCAACUCUGGAAGGCACAGUCAAGGAGGGGAAGAAGGCAUUUUCAAAGAAGCAUACAGUGGCUGGGUCUCCAGUGGAGGGUCUCCUGCAGCCAGUGAAGCUUAGCCGGGCAGAACUGUACAAGGAACCUACCAGUGAGGAACUGAAUCGCCUUCGGGAGACUGAGAGCCUGUUCCACUCCAGCUUGCUUCGUUUACAGGUAGAGGAGCUACUGAAGGAAGUGAAGCUGUCAGAGAAGAAGAAGGAGCGGAUUGAUGCUUUCCUACGGGAUGUCAACCAAAAGAUCAUGAGGGUGCCCUCAACCCUUGAGACAGAGCUGACUGACCAGGCAUGGCUCCCAGCUGGAGUUCGAGUGCCUCUCCACCAAGUGCCCUAUACUGUGAAGGGCUGUUUCCGCUUCCUGCCCCCAGCCCAGGUCACUGUUGUGGGCAGCUACCUUUUGGGCACCUGCAUCCGGCCGGACAUCAAUGUGGAUGUAGCACUGACCAUGCCCAAGGAGAUCCUACAGGACAAGGAUGGGCUGAACCAGCGCUACUUCCGCAAGCGUGCCCUCUACCUGGCCCACUUGGCUCACCAUUUGGCCCAAGACCCCCUCUUUGGCAGUGUUCGCUUCUCCUACGCCAAUGGCUGCCACCUGAAACCCUUGCUGCUGCUGCGGCCUCAUGGGAAGGAUGAGCACCUGGUCACUGUCCGUCUCCAUCCGUGCCCUCCACCUGACUUCUUCCGCCCGUGCCGCCUGCUGCCCUCGAAGAACAAUGUGCGCUCUGCCUGGUACCGAGGGCAGAGUCCUCCAGGCGAUGGUAGUCCAGAGCCUCCCACCCCCCACUAUAACACAUGGGUCCUGCAGGACACAGCCCUCCAGUCCCAUGUGCAGUUUCUGUCAACUGUGCUGGGCUCAGCCUCGGGGCUGAAGGAUGGUGUGGCCCUCCUGAAGGUCUGGCUGCGGCAGCGAGAACUGGAUAAAGGUCUGGGAGGAUUUAGUGGGUUCCUUGUCUCCAUGCUGGUUGCCUUCCUCGUGUCCACACGCAAGAUCCACACCACCAUGAGCGGCUACCAGGUCCUGAGAAGUGUCCUGCAGUUUCUGGCCACCACAGAUUUGACCGUCAAUGGGAUCAGUUUAUGUUUCAGCUCAGAUCCUUCCUUGCCGGCCCUGGCUGACUUCCACCAGUCCUUCCCUGUUGUCUUCCUGGACUCCUCAGGCCGCCUCAACCUUUGUGCUGAUGUCACUGCCUCCACUUACCACCAGGUGCAGCACGAGGCACGGCUGUCUAUGGUGUUGCUGGACAGCAAAGCUGAUGAUGGAUUCCAGCUGCUGUUAAUGACUCCCAAACCCAUGAUCCGGGCUUUUGACCACAUCCUGCAUCUCUUUCCACUGAGCCGUCUGCAGGCAGCAUGUCACCGGCUGAAGCUAUGGCCAGAACUGCAGGACCACGGUGGGGACUAUGUCUCAGCUGCUUUGGGUCCACUAACCACCCUCCUGGAGCAGGGCCUGGGGUCCCGUCUGCACCUGCUGGCCCACUCUCGGCCCCUAAUCUCAGAGUGGGACAUCAGCCAGGAUCCACCGAAGCACAGAGACUCUGGGGCCCUGACUCUGGGAUUGCUCCUUCGGCCUGAGGGACUGACCAGCGUCCUUGAGCUGGGUCCAGAGGCUGACCAGCCCGAGGCUGCUGACUUCCGCCAGUUCUGGGGAUCUCGCUCGGAGCUUCGGCGUUUCCAGGAUGGAGCCAUUCGGGAAGCUGUGGUCUGGGAGGCAAGCUCUAUGUCCCAGAAGCGCCUUAUUCCCCACCAGGUGGUCACCCACCUCUUGGCACUCCAUGCUGACAUCCCAGAAACCUGUGUCCACUAUAUGGGAGGCCUCCUGGAUGCACUGAUCCAAGGCUUGAAAGAGACCUCCAGCACGGGUGAGGAGGCCCUGGCAGCUGCGGUGCGUUGCUAUGAUGAACUCAGCCGCCUGCUGUGGGGGCUGGACGGUCUCCCACUGACUGUGUCUGCUGUGCAAGGAGCUCACCCAGUGCUGCGCUACACUGAGGUGUUCCCACCAGCUCCAGUCUGGCCAGCCUACUCCUUCCAUAAGCACCUUCCAGAGCGGGCCUCGCUGUUGCCCCGGCCUGACAAGCCCUGUCCAGCUUAUGUGGAGCCCAUGACUGUGGUGUGUCACCUGGAGGGCAGUGGCCAGUGGCCACAGGAUGCUGAGGCCAUACGGCGGGUUCGGGCUGCUUUCCAGCUGCGCCUGGCAGAGCUGCUGGCGCAACAGCAUGGGCUGCAGUGCCGGGCCACGGCUACACACACUGAUGUCCUGAAGGAUGGGUUUGUGUUCCGGAUUCGUGUGGCCUACCAGCGGGAGCCCCAGAUCCUGAAGGAGAUGCGGAGCCCUGAGGGGAUGAUCUCAUUGAGGGACACGCCUGCCUCCCUCCGCCUGGAGAAAGACACAAAGCAGUUGCCCCUGCUCACAAGUGCCUUGCAUGGACUCCAGCAGCAGCACCCAGCCUUCUCAGGUGUGGCUCGGCUGGCCAAGCGGUGGGUGCACGCCCAGCUCCUGGGUGAGGGCUUCACUGAUGAGAGCCUGGACCUGGUGGCUGCUGCUCUUUUCCUGCACCCUGAGCCCUUCACCCUUCCCAGCUCCCCCCAGGUGGGCUUCCUUCGGUUCCUUUUCCUGGUAUCAACCUUUGAUUGGAAGAACAACCCCCUUAUUGUCAACCUCAACAAUGAACUCACUGUGGAGGAGCAGGUGGAGAUCCGCAGUGGCUUCCUGGCAACUCGGAAACAACUCCCCGUCAUGGUCAUCAUUACCCCUCAGGAUCGCAAACACUCCAUAUGGACACAGGAUGGACCCUCGCCCCAGAUCCUGCAGCAGCUUGUGGUCCUGGCAGCUGAGGCCUUACCGAUCCUAGAGAAGCAGCUAAUGGAUCCCCGGGGGCCUGGAGAUAUCAGGACAGUGUUCCGGCCACCCUUGGACAUGUAUGAUGUGUUGAUCCGCCUAUCUCCCCGCCACAUUCCCCGGCACCGCCAGGCUGUGGACUCACCAGCUGCCUCCUUCUGCCGGGGCCUGCUCAGUGAGCCAGGGCCCUCGUCCCUGAUGCCUGUGCUGGGCUACGAUCCUCCUCAGCUCUAUCUGGCACAGCUCAGGGAGGCCUAUGGGGACCUGGCCCUUUUCUUCUAUGACCAGCAUGGUGGAGAGGUGAUUGGAGUCCUCUGGAAGCCCACCAGCUUCCAGCCCCACCCUUUCAAGGCCUCCAACACAAAGGGGCGCAUGGUGGUGUCUCAAGGUGGGGAGAUGGUGAUGGUGCCCAAUGUAGAAGCAAUCCUGGAGGACUUUGCCAUCCUGGGUGAAGGCCUGGUACGGGCUGUGGAGGCCCGAAGUGAGAGGUGGACUGUAUGAGCUCCAAUCUCAGGAACAACCUGUGGAUGGACAGCAGGAUUUUAGACCUCUGGAGCAAGGUGUCAGUGGUGGGACCUCCACCCUCGUUGCAUAUGGACCCUCCAUGGAGAGCCUGAUGACUUGAACACACUGAGUCGUUCCCAGCAAAAGUCCUGUCCCAAUUCUCUGUCUAAUGCACCAGCAUUGGGGCAGGGGCCAUGAUGUCCUAUGGAGUCCCCUGAACCUGACUGAACUCCCAGAAGUUGAGGCAGACGGGACUGAAUGAACCCAGGAGUUCCAUCCAUCUGUCAGCCCUGGCCUGGGACUUCUUUUUCUUCCUAGGCUGCUCCCAGAAGCCUGGAAAGGAGGACAUGUGCCCAGGGCUGGGGCUCUGUCCCCUUCCCAUUGCCAGGAUAUGUGCCUAGACCUCCGCAUGUCCUUUGGUGCAUUAUUGGCCUUUACAUGGGGCCCAGACCAGAUGUGGCACUUCCUGCGGAUCAGAGCACCAGCAUUGAGCAGUGGAGUGGGGCUGGUAGAUAACACUGAAGGGGCAUCAUGCCUUCCUGUGUUGGUUCUGCUGCUUUCCAGGGUGGGACCUGGAAAAGCACAGAGGACAGGAAGAAGCUAUGUGGGUGAGAGGAUGAGGGGGCUGGUCACCCCCCCGCCAACCCCGUCCAGGAGAGAUGCAGAAGCACAGAGUGCUGCCCUGGCCUCUCAGUGUCCAACACCCUUCACCUCUGCUUCUGCCCUUUCAUGUCACGGACCAACCGCAAUGUGCCGCGUGGGGGUGCCUCGGUGAGCCAGGCCAAGUCCUGCUCCAGGAGCUCCAGUGCUCUGGGGAGGAUGCUGCUUCCUUUCAGCCUGAUCCAUACCUCCGUACAGCAGCCCCUCCCUUCUCCAUCUCCCCUAAUCUUGCUAUUUUUCUAGACUCGGAUCAAAAGUGCCUCCUCCUUAAACCCUUCCUUCACCCCGGCCAAGAGGCUCUUUCCCUCUGAAAUCAUUGGAGCAGUUACUGUGCUUUGCCAUCACUAACAGCACCACAAACUCUUCUGUUGUCUUAAAUUCUGGUUUAAAAUUAAAUCAUUUAAUUUUCUCAUGUU